AUGCACUUCAACACCCCAGACGCCUUCAUCUCCUGCAGCUCCUCCACAGCUGAGCAUAUAGAGCACGUCGACUUCAGACCCCCUGGUUCCCCCAAAGAUAGCAAGAAACAGUAUACUCCUUCCCAGGAUCUCCCCCAAUACUCCGGCUCCGAGCUGGUCAGGAUCGACAUGGAUACAGACUCCAAUUCUGAGAGCGACUUCGUCCAGACAGCCAACACUCAGAGCGAUUACGAUUUCGUUGAGGUCAUCGAUGACAUUCCAGUUGCCCAGGUCGUGCAUUUCCCUGUCCGCAGGAAGCUCUUCUCGCUCGUGUGGGCGGUGCUUGGGCUGCUGGGGCUGCUUUUCCUCCUGGUGCUUGGGUGGUAUUUGCAUAUCAAGGCGCUUGUGGUUACUAUCUUGUAUAUCGCUAUAGUUAUGCCUGGGUGUCGUCGUCUGUUCUCUUGA